GUCAAAGAGAGUGAAAGAUGAAGCCUCCCAUUCUCUUGGUUCUUGUGAUCUGUACUGUAGUCAGCACAAAUUGGAAGCUGGUGUCAAAGAGAAAUUCUGUUGACGGCUGCAUUGACUGGUCAGUGGAUCUCAAGACGUACAUGGCUUUGGCAGGUGAACCAGUCCGAGUGAAAUGUGCCCUUUUCUACAGCUAUAUCAGAACUAAUUAUAGUAUGGCCCAAAGCACAGGUCUUAGGCUUAUGUGGUACAAAAACAAAGGAGAUUUAGAAGAACCUAUUAUAUUUUCUGAAGUUAGGAUGAGCAAAGAUGAAGAUUCAAUAUGGUUUCAUUCGGUUGAGUUGCAAGACAGUGGUUUCUACACAUGUGUUUUAAGAAACUCUACAUACUGCAUGAAGGUGUCCAUGUCCUUGACUGUCGCUGAUAAUGAAUCGGGGCUUUGCUACAACAGCCAGAUCCGAUAUUUAGAAAAAUCAGAAGUCACUAAAAGAAAGAUAAUCUCCUGCCCUGAUAUUGAUGAUUAUAAAAUAUCCAAUCAGGAGCCAGAUGUGGUAUGGUACAAGGAAUGUAAACCAAAAAUGUGGAGAAGCAUAGUAAUUCAGAAAGGAAAUACUCUUCUAAUACAAGAAGUCCAGGAAGAAGAUGGAGGAAAUUAUACCUGUGAACUGAAGUUUGAAGGCAAGCUAAUACGAAGAACAACCGAAUUGAAGGUUACAGCUUUACUCACAGACAAACCUCCAAAGCCUUUGUUCCCCAUGGAGAACCAGCCAACUGUUAUAGAUGUCCAGCUGGGUAACCCACUUACCAUUCCCUGCAAAGCGUUCUUUGGAUUCAGUGGAGAAUCACGCCCUGUGAUCUACUGGAUGAAAGGAGAAAAAUUCAUUGAAGAACUCGAAGGUCACAUUAGAGAAGGUGAAGCCAGACUCCUCAAAGAACAUCUGGGAGAAAAAGAAGUCGAACUAAUGUUGAUCUUUGAUGCGGUCGAGGAGGCGGAUCUGGCUAAUUACACCUGCCAUGUUGAAAACAGAAAUGGGCAUAAACACGCCAGCGUUCUUCUGCGCAAAAAAGACCUGAUCUACAAAAUUGAGCUGGCUGGAGGACUGGGAGCUAUCCUGCUUCUGUUUGUUUUGCUCGUGACCAUCUAUAAGUGCUACAACAUCGAGUUAAUGCUGUUCUAUAGGCAGAACUUCGGAGGUGAUGAAGCUGCAGACGACAACAAGGAAUAUGAUGCCUAUCUCUCCUACACCAAAGUAGAUCCAGAUGCAUUGGACUGUGAAAACAAUGAAGAGGAGCAGUUUGCACUUGAAAUACUGCCAGAUGUUCUGGAAAAGCAUUAUGGAUAUAAACUCUUCAUUCCAGAUAGGGACCUGAUCCCGAGCGGGACAUACAUUGAAGAUCUCACAAGAUGUGUUGAGCAAAGCAGAAGACUCAUUAUCGUGUUAACUCCAGACUAUGUUCUCAGGAGAGGAUGGAGUAUUUUUGAGAUGGAAAACAGACUCCAUAACAUGCUAGUCAGUGGAGAAAUCAAAGUUAUUUUGAUUGAGUGUACUGAAUUGAAAGGGAAAGUGAAUUACCACGAAGUGGAGUCUUUAAAGCACACCAUCAAGCUUCUGUCAGUGGUCAAGUGGAAGGGCCCAAAAAGCAGCAAACUUAACUCUAAAUUUUGGAAGCGGUUAGUCUUUGAAAUGCCAGCAAAGAAGAAAGAGGUCGUAUCUCGGCGCCAGGUCCUGGACUCUGCAGAGCAAGGCCUUUUUGGAGACCUUCAAACCGUACCUUCCAUUGCUGUGACGGGUGCCUCUGCCACGCUGGUAGAGUCACAAGCAGAUUUAGCGGAUUACCACCAAACUGAUUCCAUGCAAAUGAGACACUAUUGCCGAGGAUAUGAGUACGACGUGUCAGCGGCAACCUUGCCGAUAGCUUCCAUAAGUAACCAUCACACCUAUUGUAACAUACCCUUGACACUUCUAAACGGACAGCUACCUCUUAAUAAUACAAUGAAGGACAACCAAGAGUUUCACAGAAACAACCCGUUGCUACCGUUAUCAUCAAGGGAGCUUAGUUUCACAAGUGAUAUUUGGUAGUGAAGAUGAGAACUCUUGGAAGAUGCUUUCUGAGCACCAUGAAGACACAUUUUUAAAGAACUUUAACUGAUGCCAUGUGGUGCCAAAACGUGUUUGAAGCAAAGGCACAUUUAUUCACUUUUCUACUUGAACUUUUUUGUUUACAUUUCCAAAUUACUGGCAAAGGGGACCUUCUUUUGUAGUUCAAUAUGUAGUUCAUAUCUUUUAAUGUACAGUUUUAUUGAGUCUUUAAAAGAGAGGGGGAGAAAAAUAUAUACCAUAAUUUUAAACUAGGUUUUGCAAUCUUGGAUGGAUGGAAGUUCAAUGCUGUCUCUGAUCUCCUACAUCCAUAUUUAUGUAAUAGCAUUUCAAAUAUUUACAGAUUUUUUUUUUUUUAAAAAGAAAGAAAAUAUAAACUUUAGUAUGGAUUGCAAAUUUUAAACUUAGCAUUCUGUGAAAGCAAAUGUGUCCUUCACACAGAGCACACUUAAUGAACCACUCUCGAAAGAAAGUGGUAGAAAACCCUUCCUCUAAUACUGUCACACGAUACAUUUUAGAAGAUGACCAGUUGAAACAAUGUGGAUAAAGAGCUAUUAGCUUUACCAAUAAAGGACAUAGUGAAAA